AUGGAUCCUUCUAUUUUGGACGACUCUGGUCAUAACGACAUUUUGGGUUCGGAAGAUGGUUUAAAUGUUGAAGCAACAAUUGACGAACAUCUUGAAGAGACUGGUUUCGAUUUGGACUCGAAUCAUUGGCCGGUGCCUCGACAGUCUGGACCUGAAGUGGAUACAGUAGCGCCAUCACCAGUGGUUGGACAAUCCAGUACUUUUAAUUUUGAGAAUUUGCUUGCACAUGCCAUUCGGAAUGUUGCUGAAUCUCCAGUACAACUGCCGUGGGAGUCUGAUGAAUGGGCUUGCAUUUUUGACCCCACGCAUGAUCCUUUGGAGACGUUGGUGCCUCAGUUUGAACCCAAGCUCAAAGUUCCAAAGUUGAUCCAUGAUAGGCCUGUUUGUGAAUCAAAUGCACCAGUGGAUGAUCCUAGUCAUGCUCUUUCGCAGCCCUUGUUCACCAUUGCAGUUUCCAGAAGGAAGGACCAGGUCUGGACCGAAAAGCGCGAAGCUGAGUUGCAGAGGGCAUUGAUGAAAUGGGAUACAAUCAUCAGAAACUGGCCAGAUGCGUGGCGAUGCAAGCGUGAGCUGGUAGCAUGUUCUGCAGUGAAUGAAUCUAUGAACCUGCUUGGAGACUAUUUGUCAGGGAAAGCACCAUCGACACUUGUGAAACGGGCAAACAGCAUGGUCUUUUUACACACUACUUUGCAACAGUUAGGAUUUUUCUGGCCUGUUGGCGAGCCUGACGUGUACAGAAUCAUUAAGACGUUGCAUUCAUCGGGUAACAGCACUAGCCGUUUGAAGUCGAUCCUGGAAGCCAUCACCUUUUGCAGGUACUCAUUUGACAUCGAGGACCUUCAUCCGAUCACGGUCAGCAAGCGCUGCCUGGGAGCCACUGGAGGAGACGUUGCAAACAAGUUGAACCAAGCUGCACCGUUGACAGUUGCAGACAUUUGGCAAUUGCAUCUGUGCUUGGAUACAGGGGAUGCUUGGGACAGGGUUUUCAGUGGUGCAGCUCUUUUCUGCAUAUAUGCACGUGCAAGAUGGAGUGACUUCAUUCAUGGCAACUGCAUUAGACUGGAUGUGUUGGAUUCCACCGGCCAAGUGGCUUACGCUGACAUGGAGGUGCAAAUUCAUAAGACCAUGAAGGCAGCGGCGAACAAGUUCAAAUUUUUGGACCUAGUUGUUUCUGGCAGUGGAUUUUUUGGGAACGAUUGGGUAAGAAGCUGGGUUGAUGCACUCAACAACAUUGGCGUUGAUCCUUUCUCAAACGAACCUGGGAAGACCUUGAUGCCAGCGCCAGCUGCUGAUGGCACAGCCCUUCAACGAGCCUUGGAGAGCGAUGAGGCCAGUGUUUGGCUGAGGUUGAUGUUGGGAGAGAAGGUCAAACGUAGUGAAAGCACUAGGCAGAUCUCUUCACACUCACUCAAAGCAACACUCCUUUCGAUGGCGGCCAAACGAGGGUUAAAGCAUGAGGACAGGUUGGCGAUGGGUCACCAUGUGCAUCCUUUUAAGAUGGCAGACACUUAUGCAAGGGAUGCCCAAGCAAGGACGAUCCGUUUGAUCGACAAACUUUUGCUGGAGAUACGUGCAGGUUAUUUCAACCCAGAUUCUACGAGGGCUGGAAGGUUCAACAAGAACUAUGCACCGGACUCCUCUAUGGAUGUGGGCGCAGUUUCAUUCUUUGAGAGCGAGGUCGAAAGUGCUGCAUUGGAAGCAGCAGUUGAUGAGACAUUGGACGAUGCGGUGCAAGUGGUUGAAGAUGACCAAAUAGAUUUGGAAGAAGAGCAUUUCACGAGCUCGUCUUCUGACAGUGAUGCAGAGAGUUUGGAAUACAAUGUUGACAAUGUGUGGUCAUCCAACAUUGCAAGGCAAGGAUCCAGUGGUGUCCGGGCCAUUGAUGGCAGCGGUUUGGACUCGCCACGUGUGGUCUUUGGCUCAGUAUCCCAGAAGUGGCUGGCCACGAUGUUUGCAGCUUACUGCACAGAUCCUCCAACAGGAUUUGGAAAGGUCGGCUUGCAGCAAUUGGUGUCAGCAGACAAAGCAAUGUGGACCAUAUUGGCUAGGGAGUUGUCAACUGUCAAGCCAGACAACACAGGAAAGCGACCACUGGAUGAGGCAAUUCUAAAAUUGGUGCAUGAUCCACGUGUCACCAUGUACAUGUUGUCCCUUCCAAACAAAGGACCAGCUACCUCAGUGCCAACUCGGCCGGCCAGCACACCAGACAUGACACCUUCUGCAGUGCAGCCGAAAAAGAAGGCAAGACCCAGCAAGAAGAAUAGGCAUCUGGACAGCCUCCAAAGUGCAGAAGAGGAGUUCACAUUUGAAUGGCUGUUGACAAAGGUGCAGAAAGAGCGAAAGUGCGCAGCUCAAUCUUUUGGCCUCACCAACUCAGAGGACUUGCAGUUCCUGAUGGAUUUCAUCAAGCAGGAAGCUUUUAACCUCUGCCUAUUCCACUUUGCACCACCGUGUGGAGCCUGCUCAGCCGCCAGAAAAAGAGAGUCGCCUUUGGAGGUGCAAGCAAAGUUGAAGGAUGGUGGAAUAGCACCGCCACUGCAGUUGCGCUCAGAAUAA